ACAUGUGCACUCUGGAAUACUGAACACCAGUGAUACAAUCUCAAGAGAAAACCAUGAAAUUGAAGUCGAAAGGCUACAGUUGGAAAUUCAGCAGUGUAAGGAAAUGAUCACAACUCAGCAGCAGCUGUUACAGCACCAGCUAACUUCUCCAUCUGAUGAUGAUACCAGUCUGCUGCUAAAGGACUGUUACCUGCUGGAGGAAAAAGAGAGAUUGAAGGAGGAAUGGAAACUUUUCAAAGAACAAAAGAAGAAUUUUGAGAAAGAACGCAAAAGUUUUACAGAAGCUGCUAUUAGAUUAGGACUUGAGAGGAAGGCUUUUGAGGAAGACCGUGGAACUUGGCUGAAGCAACAGUUCUUAAAUAUGACUUCUCAGACUAAUAAGUUUGAACAUGUGAAACAUCAAAGUGCCUUCUCGGGAAGUUCUGACUCAGAUAACCCUUUGACAAACUUCAGGUCUCGCCAAAAGAACCCUAACGACUUGUUUAAUGUAUCUAAGUUCUCUGAUGCUUGUCUAACCACUCAGCAUGACCUUGCAAACAGUUCAGGUAAUCUUCUGAAUGAAGCACCUGCAGACAGAAAAUCAAGCCAGGUUAAAAAGGAGCAACUGCGAAAGAUACAGCCUGGUGGCCCUGGCCCUGUCACCCAGGAUGAUACUUACAGUUUACACAUGUGAUUACCGUCAAAUUCAUGCACAGAAUGGCUUGAUAACUUGCCUUAGAUUUUUGGACUAGCUCUCUUUGUAAAGCAGAUGUGCCCAUCAACUUUCUGACUUCAUUUGGUGAAACAGGGUGUGAUGAGUGGAAUUGCUCGGUGAUCGCAGUCGUGCUGUAUGUGUGUGUGACUUUUAAGGUUCUCUCUCCUUAGCCCCCAGUCUUUCUUGUCUUUACCUUUUUGAAAGGCUAUUAAAAUGUUUGGAUAUAUGUAUAGUCUUGUGAUAGAAGUUUUGGUUCUUUGACAUGGAAUGUACGGGGAACUUCUGGUAAUGAAAUACUGUAGCCUUUUGAAUUUUUUUACUUCAGGCAAAUUAGCACUUUUAACACUAAUUUUAUGGUGAACUGUUCACUUAAGUGAACAUGGGCAAAUUGAUAAUUUUUUCCUUCACUUGAAUGUAUAGUAAAUUGUAGAAGAUUAACAUGGCAGGUUUAGUAUUUAUUGUGUGAUUUGUGUGUUUGUGUUCAGAUUACCUCUUUCAUAUCUGUUAAAUGAAGGGCAAAUCUUAGAUUGUGUCUAGGUGAAAGAGAAACAAUUGUAACAAUGCCAUGAAAUGCACAAAUCCCAAAAAAUCAUAGUAUUUUACAUGCCAAAUGUAACUGUAUUUUUUAAUUGUGAAGCUAUGUUUACACAGGAACUUUUGUUCCUUAAAAGGAUCGUUCUAGUCAAUAAUAAAAUUAUCUUAAAAUGCACCUGCAAAAUAAAUGUAAUAAGUAUAUUCUGCAA